GUAAGUGCCAUAAAAAUGAUUAUUGUCGGGGCAGUAUGUGGAGGUGUUGCUCCGUGACUGAGAGCUGCUUUGACUUUAGCCGUCAGCGGAAGAGGAGAGAAGAAGACGGAGGCAGGAAGCUCGAGUGUCCCGGUUCAGUCGUUGAUCAUGAAGAGCUCCAAGGACGCGGUGCAGUCAGCUGCCAGAGAGUUUCUGCAGUUUGUCAACAGAGGAGUGUCUCCAUAUCACGUGGUUGAAGAAUGUAAACGUCGUCUGCUGGAGGCCGGAUUCGUGGAGCUGAAGGAGACGGAGUCGUGGAACGUGACGCCGUCGAACAAGUACUUCGUCACCAGGAACUUCUCCAGCGUCAUCGCCUUCGCCGUGGGCGGACGCUACCUGCCGGGAAACGGCUUCUCCAUGAUCGGCGCCCACACAGACAGCCCCUGCCUCCGGGUGAAGCCGAGGUCUAAGAGGACGAAGCAGGGCUGUCUGCAGGUCGGGGUGGAGUGUUACGGCGGCGGCAUCUGGAACACCUGGUUCGACCGAGACUUAACCAUCGCCGGCCGCGUCAUGGUUAAAACGGACGGCCGGCUGGUCCACCGUCUGGUCCACAUCUCCAGACCUCUGCUGAGGAUCCCUCACCUGGCCAUCCACCUGCAGCGCGACAUCAACGACUCCUUCGGCCCCAACAAGGAGAACCACCUCGUGCCGAUCAUCGCCACGGCCGUCCAGGAGGAGCUGGAGACCGGCUGUACGUCCUCUGGAGACGCCUCCUCUGCCGCCAACACGGCUGAGAAGCACCACCCGGCUCUGGUGAAGGUUUUGUGUUCGGAGCUGGGCGUCGAGCCGGAAGCUCUGCUGGACUUUGAGCUUUGUCUGACCGACACUCAGCCGGCGGCUUUGGGAGGCGUGUACGAGGAGUUCAUCUACUCUCCUCGUCUGGACAAUCUGCACAGCUGCUACUGCGCCCUAAAGGGGCUGUUGGAGUCCUGCUCUGGAGACUCUCUGGCCAACGAUCCCAACAUCCGGAUGAUCACUCUGUAUGACAACGAGGAGGUGGGAUCAGAAAGCGCUCAGGGAGCUCAGUCCAAUCUGACGGAGCUCAUCCUCAGCCGCCUCGCCGCCUCCCCCUCCAACCUCACCGCCUUCCAGCAGGCGGCGCCGCGAUCCUUCAUGAUCAGCGCUGACAUGGCUCACGCUGUGCACCCCAACUACCAGGAGAAGCACGAGGAAAACCACCGACCAGCUUUCCACAAGGGCCCGGUGAUCAAGUUCAACAGCAACCAGCGCUACGCCACCACCGCCGUCACCGCCGCCGUCGUCAGGGAGGUCGCCAGUCGGGUCGACGUGCCCCUUCAGGACGUGAUGGUUCGGAACGACAGCCCCUGUGGAACCACCAUCGGUCCCAUCCUGGCCGCCCGGCUCGGCGUCCCGGUGGUGGACAUCGGAGCUCCUCAGCUGUCCAUGCACUCCAUCAGGGAGAUGUGCUGCACCUCCAGCGUCCUGCAGAGCACCGCCCUCUUCAAGGGUUUCUUCGAGCUGUUUCCCACCGUGAGGAGCUCGCUGGUCGUCGACUAGAAGAACCACAACCGAAGGACAGAAAGUAUUAAAGGCGUCAUUUUCUGUUUGUUUGUGAUGAAAAUGACGACACUUAACAUGCUGUAAUUUUAAUAAAAUCCACAUACAAAGAUGUAAAACACCAGUUUCUUUCGUAUGAACAGAAAUCAUUUAGAAUAAAAUGUUUAAAAUCCUU